GAUUCACCGGUCGCCCUAGACACGCGCUGUGUGGUUGCUAAGGGAGCGCGAGCCCGGCCGCUUGCCGUCAGGAGGAGCAGAGCAUCGACAAACUCAUUCAGGGACCAUUUACUUAUUUACUGAUUGAUUGAUGAUGUGAGGAGAGGCGGGUGUAGGCAUCCUCAGGGUCCCGGAGAGAUCCCGAUCCAAACGGCAGGCCCUGCGGCAGGCGAGGGGGAGGGGAAAUGCCGUGAGGCGGCGCCGCUGAACAUGAUCCGCCUGCAGUCCCGGGAACACAGGCCUUUCCGAGAGGGCAAGGAGCCGGGAGAGAGACGGGGUGUAGGGGGAAACGUCAGCCCGAGCCCGGAGCUGCCGCCCGGGCAGCGUUUCCUUUAACCCGCCGGCCCGGCUCAGUGUCCCCGGUUCAGCGAAAAUGAUUUUUUUCCUACUGUCUCCUCUGUUGCACUGCUUCUCUUGAGUUUGCCUGUGUUAUGAAUGAAAUGGCAGUUCAUGGCUGCAUCCAAGACUGAGGAGUGUUCCAUAGACCCCAGUGGCAAAAACAAAACUUCACUCAACUCUAGUCCAAAAUCCUUUUAUUAUGGUCAACCACAGGAGAGCAGACCAGCUUAUUCUGUUUCCCAGCAUCCGCUAUGGGAAUGGGAUGGCUAUAAUGUGAUUGUACCCAUAAGGAAACAAAAUACUUGUUCAGGAACAUCUCAGAAUGUUGCUGGUCACUCUUAUCCUUCUCUGUCAGGAGGUAAUGGCAAAUCAUUAACGUUGAGUUCGCACGCAGGUUUUCGUUCAAAUGUUUUGAUCAGUCCUUUUGAAAACUCGCCCAUUCAUGAUCGAAUUGGCUAUGGCUGCAGAUCCUAUCAGAGACUUGAGUCCCUGGGUUCACGAUUUAGUGGACUAGGAAGUAGAACCACAUCAAGUUCAGCGAGCAUUAACGACUUUAUCCCCUCACUCCCCUCAAGAACAAUCUCUUGCGAAAGCUUAAUGAAACCCAAUGGUGCCAUUACUCCAAUUUCACAGCAUUAUGGUUCUCAUAGUGCUGGUCAUGAACCUCUGCUCUUGGGCAGAAAUGGCCCCAAUCAUGCAGGUAAACUUACUUCACUAUUUUGCAAACCUUUGCUGAACACAAAUGCAUUCAUGAGACCCACCAGUGCCAAAGUGCCUAUGCUCCGGAAAUGUGAUAAGAAUGCCAAGACUUUAAACGGAAGCAAUGAAUUUGGAGACUCGGAAAAUGCAGCUAAGCACAAUGGUAGCAACGCUAGGACUAUCUCUGGAAGUGCUGUUCAUGUUAACGCAGAUCUUAAGUUAGAUCGACCUUCACAUCAGAAUGAACAUUCCCAUGGUAAUUUGAAGAGUGCUAUCAAGCUAACCAAAAGUAAUGCUGGGGAUCCAGAGCUAAAGUUUACAGAAGCUAUAAGAAGGGUAUCAGAAGACCGCAUCCCGAAGAAUCAUGUAAUUGAACGAUGUGUGACAUUUUCAAAAGAAACUGAAGGCUUACCUUCCCAAGGUGUUUAUUUUCAGAAUGGCCCCUUCAGCAGUGCUGCAGGAUUAUUGAAAAGAACUGUGCCAAAUCUCAGUCAGGAGAAAAAUAAUCUCCAAACAGUCUUAAAAGCUGAACGAAGUUGUACCAAUGUUAACUUGGAGCCUGUAGCUAAAGAGAACAGUACAAGUAAAGAUAAUCUAGUUGCUCGUACCAACAGAACUCCUGUUGGCAUUUUAUCCACCAAUGUGCACAUCCAGAAUAGUAGCCCAGUCAGUUUUGCAGGAUCUCCUGACUUGCAUCAUCAGCCUGACCAAAGCAAGAAGAUGAUCUCUGUUUCUUCCCCUAAGACAAACAUUGGCUCUGUCACACUACAGAUUGCUGCCAUGCAACUCAAGUAUGCAAAAAAGGUUGAAAAAACUGUGGAAAAGCCCAAGAAUGAUGCAGGUUCUCAAGACUCUGAGCAGGAGAUGGAGGAGGAGGAGGAGGAGGAGGAGGAGGAGGAAGAAGAAGAGGUUGCAGAUGGACUGGAUGAUACUAGCAGCCAGGAAUGUAAUGAAGAGUCAGAGUGCUCUACCAUGUCAGAAUCUUGUUCUACUGAAUCGACACAUGGUUUAUCUAAGGUGGCCUUUAGUGAACUCCCAGAAUCUGCUGAUGCCAGGAAUGUUUUUAAUUCUUGCUACCCACAAGCACCAGAAUGUAAAAUUCAAGUUGCUAAGCCAGCAUUGGUAAAAAGCCUAUUUCAUGAUAUGCCUCUGACGAUUUACUUUGGGACUUCGAAUGAGAAAAUUGAACUUUUGCCGUGGGAUCAACGAAGGCAGAUGAAAUGGAAAAUGUCCACUGUAACACCAAUAGUUGUGAAAAAUGCCAUUGCCAGAUCCCAUUUCAAAAUUACUAAAAGAUGUUAUGAUUGGCUGGGCUGCUGGGGCCAUCACAUGAAAUCACCGCUAUUCAAAACCCUUCGGGAAUAUCAAAAGCUGAAUCAUUUUCCAGGAUCUUUUCAAAUUGGGCGCAAGGACCGCUUGUGGCGUAACUUAUUGAGAAUGCAGGUGCGAUUUGGGAAAAGAGAGUUCAACUUUUUCCCACAGUCCUUCAUUCUUCCUCAUGACAUCAAACUGCUGAAGAAUGCCUGGGGGGCUAGCUCUGGCAAGCAGAAAUGGAUCAUUAAACCACCUGCAUCUGCCAGAGGAAUUGGCAUUCAAGUAAUUCACAGGUGGAAUCAAAUCCCGAAGAAACGACCUCUGCUGGUUCAGAAAUACUUGCACAAACCCUACCUCAUUGGCGAGAGCAAGUUUGAUUUGAGAAUUUACGUGUACGUGACCUCUUAUGAUCCUCUUCGGAUCUAUGUGUUUACAGACGGCUUGGUCCGUUUUGCAAGCUGCAAGUAUUCGUCUUCCAUGAAGAGCCUUGGCAACAAGUUUAUGCACCUUACAAACUACAGUGUGAAUAAACUAAAUGCUGAGUACAAGCCCAACAGCAAUGGAAAGCUCUGUCAAGGUCAUAAAUGGAGCCUUAAGGCAUUGUGGGCGUACCUGAGUCAGAAGGCAGUGAGGACUGACCUGUUGUGGGAACAAAUAAAGGAUGUGAUCAUCAAAACCAUAAUUGCCUCUGAGUCUUACGUGAACAGCCAAAUACAUUUGUAUGUACGGAAUCGUUAUACUUGUCACGAACUCUUUGGAUUUGACAUCAUGCUUGAUGAGAACCUGAAGCCGUGGGUUCUAGAAGUCAACAUCUCUCCAAGCUUACAUUCAAAUUCCACACUGGAUAUUACCAUUAAGGGGCAGAUGAUUAGCGACCUCCUGAAUCUGGCUGGAUUCGUUAUUCCAAGUAGGGAUGAGGUAACUCCAACCAUAAAAAGCACUUCAUCUAGACCAAAGAGCAAUGAGCUUACCGCUGACGAGAAAUUGAAGCGGGUUUACUACCUGAGUCAGAAAUCACCACCUAUGCAUUUCUAUUCCUCUCUGCUGGACAUUCUUACCCCAGAUGAUAUCCGGAUGUUAAUGGAAUCCGAGGAUGAGUACAGUCGACGAGGACAGUUUGAGCGGGUGUUCCCUGGCCAACAUUCAUCCCGCUAUCUCCGGUUCUUCGAACAGCCCCGUUACUUCAACAUUUUGCUUGACUUAUGGGAGCAAAAAUAUGGUCAGAACAGAGAGGCAGGAAUUGAUGUGCUGAAAGAACUGAGUUACAGAGGGGUUCAUCUCGGACUAUCUGUUCAUCCUGCUCAUGUUUGGCACCCACCUAGAUUUAAUUUCCCUUCAAAGUCGGACCACAACAUGAAUGGAGAAUCUAAGGUCAAUCCUUCCCAAAGUCGAGAAACUGUGCCAAAAAAGAAAGUAGCUGCAAAUCAAGAACCUAAUCCUACUCCACCACAACCAGUGGAAGUCCAGCAGUUGUCCUGACAGCGAACAGACUAGCUGCUACCACAACUGGGUGGUGGAGUACUUCUCAUCAUCCAAACAACACUUCUGGAAGUGAAGCUUACUGCUAAUUGCCGACAGCUUAAUCUCUCAGAUUCAUAAAUCUACCUCUGCUGAGGGAGAGGAUGUGGGGGGAGCGGGGUAUUGACCAUUUGCUGAAAGGAGGCCUUACUGCGGCCUGUGUUCGCUAAGCGCAGACUCACCUUGGUCUAAGUUCCCAUUGCACACCAGCCAUUCACCCCAUUGUAAAAUGUACACUCUGCAUCGAAAGAAUCUAAGCCUUACUGAACUGCCAAACUAAAAUGUAGAAAUUUGACCAGCUAACUGACCCUGUAGCAUUUGUGAUGUUCAAGAAUCUAAAUUUAACAAUCCUCUGGCUGCACAACACAAUUGCUAUCUUUUACAGUGUAGUGAAUGGCUAAACUGUUGGCAUGAGAAAUCGUGCCAAAUAAUAUCACCCAAAAAGUGUCAAUAUCCUACAAAAUUAUUUUAAAACAGUGGAGUGAUCUACAAGAGCAAUUAUGUCACAAAAUUGAUAUGCUGUAAAUCCUAAUUUUGAUUUUUUUCUUAAUUAAUUGAGACCUGGUGCACUGUCUUCCUAAAUUAUUUACUCCUUCAUUCUUAACUAAUUGCACUGUAUUAUGUAAAUGCUCACUGUGCUAUACUCAUCACUGACAGUGAGUACCUUGUUAGGCUAAAGAGUAUUGUUCUUUUAUAAUUAAGUCUUUAAGACCAAAAAUAGUCUUGGAGCUGAAAUUUGUCUUUAAAAUCACCUUAACAGGAUAUAAACAACUGGAUUUUGUAUGAGAGUUCAGUCCUGAAAAGAGAAAACGUAAACCAUUUAUUAAAUCUCUGCAGUAUUUCAUCUUGACUGCCUUGAUAUGUGUGAAUCGAUUUUAUCAGACCGAGUGUCAGCAGAUAUACUGGGUAACUCUAGUUCUUGUCUGGAUGAGGGCCAGUAUUUAAGUUUUAUGUAACCUGAUGCCAGAUGUUAAGUAUCCAGACCUCUUGGAGGCUAUGGCGCAGCUAACGCAGGAGAACCUUUAGAUCAAAGUAUUUGUGGGUCGCUCCUGAUCCAGAUCUGUGCACUGUUGUGAAAUAUGCAUAUUGCUGAUCCACAGUGCGGCUGCAGCAUGGAAAAGGAUGUUUCUGUAUUAAACUUACUUGUGUAACUGAUGCAAGGUUUCUCAUCUUUCUGCUAUAAAUUCUGUGAAUUCUGACGUAGAUAUCAAGCCUAAUUGUUUAUUUUGUGGAGAUUAGUUUAUUUCUGUUUCUCUCCAUUCCUUCCUGCCAAGUUUCUAAACACCUACCUGGAAUAGUUUUCAGACCUUUAUCAGGAGCUCCAUUCACCUGUUGUUGUUCUUCCCCCUUAUCCCUUGAUGCAGUUUUUUUCUGCAAGCCCCUGCAGUGUUGCUGACAGUGCUAAGUCACCUUGACUUUCUCUUUGGAGAUGAGAGGGAUGGAAUUAACAUUGAAGCUGUACUGGCCAACCCACCAUAAUGUAUUUGUAGCCAUCUGUUUCUUCUUUUCACUAAAGUGAUAUGGUUUAGUACAAGGUUGAAGGUAGAAUUCCUGAUAUAGAAGUACUCUUGUUGAUUUGACGUUUCCCAGCAAUUUAACUCUAUAUAUAGAAUUGAAUGGCAGCCGAUGAUCAGGUCUUCCCCUACUCCUAAGGUGCCAAGUAAUGCAAGUCAGAAGAUUGCAUCAAAGGAAGAAGCCUUUAACUUUUUGUUAAACUUCUGGGAUAUUGGAAUAUCUGCAAGUACAGCAAAUGUCUUCAGUGAAUGUUGAAAAGGUAGUGAGGGAAACCUACUAGUUGAUCAAAUGUGAAUUGCGCAAUGAGCCUGAUCCUUAUGGGGUUGAGGUUUAGUUUUCUUGCUUUUGAGUGCAGAUUUUUAUCACUUCAUAGGUGAACAGCUGAGGGCUUUAGGUUUCUCAUUUCCUGGUGUUAUUCCACUCAGUCAAACAAAAAAUGUGGAAUCUUCUGUAAGGAGUGGGAAGGAAGCAUGUUUAGUCUGUUUGACAAAUUUAUUGUGUGGGACAAGAGGUUGGGGUUACCUAUAAGAAUUUUUGCUUGUUCCGCAUCAUCCUUUAACCCUUUCCUGGCUGAAUGAAAAGUAAGCUCAUCUACAGUAAUUGCUGAAGUUCCUGAAUAAGGUUAACUUGUGCCAGCUCACCAGUUGCUGUUAAUGUACGCACAUGUUAAUGGAUGGGUGACUCUACUGUCUGUUUGAGCCAUGCUGGCACAGCCAUGUGCUGGAGUGUCCUGUUUCAAUAUUUCUAUAACUGGUGGCUGCUUCCAGUAAAUGUAGUAAUUGCCAUGAGGCUGCUCUCUCUACAGUUGAUUUCUCUAAUAAAAAAUACAUAUUUUUGAAUCAGACAAAAGAUCACAACUUUAUACUCCCCAAGCUACUUUCCACUGUAGACUUUGGCCGUGCAAUGCAAGUCAAAAGAAAAUAGAUUAUUUAAAUGAUCUUGUGCAUUCACCAGUUUUGACAUGUUUACAAGUUUGCUGUGAAUUAGGAAUGAAAGAAAUACUGACUAUCUGUGAAAUGAUAAUUGUAAGGUGAUACCUGUUUUGUGGGAUUUCUGUUGCGCUUUAGUUUAAUGAUGGUAAGCCCAUUGUUGCAAGAACAAUUAAUGUUCUCCCUCUUUCCCCAUUUAAGGUAAUGGACAAAAUUUCAUUGUGAGAAUAAUUCAAAUAAAUUUUGUUUUUAAGAAACAUUUGUGUAUGUUAAAUAGUGAUACUAAAGCAACAGUGAAAAUUUUGCAUUUGCCCUAAAUCUAGCAAUCUAAAUAAUGUUAACUGAAUCCACGCCCACUUUUUGUAUAUGUGACUGCUUUAAAUUGUAUGCGGCCUAACUGUCCAGCAUCUAUCUACUCCAAACUAUUACGGGAUUAUGCGAGAAAUCCUACAAGGAGCUGGGUAUCACCAAAUUUUAACCCCUUUUGUGUACAGAAUUGUUUACAGGAGUGGCAGCGCGCACAAAUUCUGGGAGUUGUUCAGUCUUUGUUUUUUCCACCGUGGAUUCUGUUUCUACAUCACACUCUGCUGCAGCAAUGACUCCAGCACAGGUGGAAAUCUUCUGCCACAGCAGGCUGUGUUCUGGGGAAAGCGAAGAGAAAAGAUGCUUUUCUCAAAAUGUGAUACGUUUACUGAGAAGCAAGUUUAUAAUCAUUCAAACUCUGUUCUGUCAUGAACAGACUUUUUAAUAAGUUAAUUACUAAUUGAGAACUAUGUUGUGUAUUCUGGCACUUGUCUGCUGUCUUUAUGUUUACCUAUUUCUUGAAGUAUCCAAGGAUCUGAUCAAGAUUGGUUUCUAACAGUACAGAAGCUGUUGAGAGACUACAGUUUUGAGCUGAGCAAUAAUUUAAGAAUCCUAAUAAAUAUAUCUUGGAGCUAA